AUGCAUCAGUCAAACCUGGCACAAAGCGAGCAAGAAAAUCCUUUUUGCCAAUUCAAUCCAGUUACCACCAAGUGCAAGCGUUCACGAACUGCUUUUACGAGUCAUCAAUUGCUGGAACUGGAGCGGGAGUUCAACGAGAAUAAAUAUUUAGCCAGAACUCGACGGAUUGGAAUCGCUCAACGAUUGCUUUUAACUGAAAGGCAAGUGAAAGUGUGGUUCCAAAAUCGACGCAUGAAGUCCAAGAAACAGUCGCAUAGACGAUUUAACCCCAGUGGAUCCACAGUGCCCGCAACAACUGUACCAACACCAAACCUUUUUAACUCGGAGCCAACACUCAGUGAACAUGAAGUGAUCGUUGAACGUCUAUUACAAUACGUUAAUACGGAAAACGUACCCAUGAAUUAUGAUCUGUCAUAUCAGCAUUACGAUUCAUCAAUGAUAGAACAGAAUCAGUUUCAAUAUGUUGCCAAUCAAUUUCCGGAAAUUCAUGAAGAUCGUGUGUCAAGUGCAAUUCCUGAGUGUACGACUUAUUUCAACACCGAUCUUUGGGAUCCCUUUAGUACAGCAUCAAAGGAUGUGCAGGCCUUUGAAUAUAUCGAUAAUUCUCUUCCAUUAUUAGAACAAAAUAUUGGUUGGGAUUCGAGUAGCUCCAUGGUCACUUCCGCAUCCACAUCAACAGCUUCCUACGAUUCCUUUGAAACCCAUGAUGUUGAUUUUGACUUUUUACAGCAUUUAUUAAACGCCUAA